AUGGAUUCGGGUCUUUGUUUGGUGUCUUCACUGAAUCACCAAGAGGUUCAAAGUCGUUUCUUUGACCCAUCUUGGUUACAAACGCAGUCCCACGUUCCCAUGAACUUCGUUUGGCCAAAGGAAUGUCUAGCGGACGCCAAUGAAGAAUUCCAAGCUCCAUUGGUAGACCUUGAAGGGUUCCUAAGAGGUGAUGAUGAGGCCACACACUCUGCUGUUAAGCUCCUACGCAAAGCAUGCUCAACUCAUGGAUUUUUCCAAGUGAUCAAUCAUGGGGUUGAUUCACUCCUAAUUGAUGAAGCUUAUGAUCAAAUGGACGCUUUUUUUAAGCUCCCAAUUCACAGGAAACUAUGUGUUCGCAAGAAAGCAGGUUCGAUGUGGGGUUAUUCUGGUGCCCAUGCUGACCGGUUUUCCUCCAAAUUGCCAUGGAAGGAGACCUUAUCUUUCCCCUUCCAUGACAAAACCUUAGAACCAGUUGUCACCAAUUACUUUAACUCCACUUUAGGGAAAGACUUCGAUGACGCUGGGGUGGGAUUCCAAAAGUACUGUGAAGCUAUGAAGGAGUUGGGAAUGAAGCUGUUGGAGCUUUUGGCUACUAGCUUGGGAGUGGAUAAGUUGAGUUAUAAGGACAUGUUUGAAGAUGGUUGUUCCAUCAUGAGAUGUAACUACUACCCAUCAUGCCAGGAACCAAGUCUUGCACUAGGGACGGGACCGCAUUGUGACCCAACAUCACUAACCAUACUUCACCAAGAUCAAGUUGGAGGCCUUGAUGUGUUUUCAGACAACAAGUGGCAGACGGUUAGACCUCGUCAUGAUGCCCUUGUAGUUAACAUUGGUGACACUUUCACGGCAUUAUCAAAUGGAAGAUACAAGAGUUGCCUACAUAGGGCGGUGGUUAACAAGUACAAAGAGAGGAGGUCCUUGGCAUUCUUUCUGUGCCCAAAAGAGGACAAAAUGGUGAGAGCCCCAGAGGAUAUUGUGCGUAGGGAUGGGACAAAACAGUAUCCAGAUUUCACGUGGUCUAAUUUGCUUGAAUUCACACAAAAGUACUACAGAGCCGACGAAGCUACACUGCAAAAUUUCACCAAGUGGUUACUAUCCUCCAAACUACAAAUUAACCCUUUAAGUUAA